CGGUAUUCCAUCGUAUUUUCCUUCAGUCUAGUGCCUACAGACAUCUUUGAUGAGAGGUGAUUUUGCAUAUCGUGAACUUUUAACACUACACCAUAAAAAAAGGUAGGAUCCACUUCUUACCUAUAGCGUGAACAUGAUUGUCUCAAUUUUGGAUUACGGCAGCGGGAAUGUUCGUUCCCUCGUAAAUGCUGUCAAGUAUCUUGGUUACGAAACAGAAUGGAUCCGUGAUCCAGCGAAAGUCGAGGACGCUGAGUGCUUAAUUUUCCCCGGUGUUGGAAAUUUUGGUUUUGUUUGUGACUCGCUCAAAGAACAAGGUUACUUUGAACCAAUUCGAAAAUAUUUGGCGUCAGGAAAGCCAUUUAUGGCUGUCUGCGUUGGUAUCCAAGCACUUUUUGAAGGCUCUACCGAAUCGCCAAGUUCUGAGGGACUUGGUAUUUUCAAAGGAUUUGUGGAAAAAUUCGAUACACAAACUAAGACUGUUCCGCAUAUUGGUUGGAAUUCUUGUGCUGUUCGCAGCGACCUGACGCACGAAUACUACGGUUUGAGACCCCACAGUAAGUACUACUAUGUUCACUCGUACAUGCUUCCUGCAAACAAAUUGAGCAUACCGACGGAAUUUAAGGUAGCUACAACUGUUUAUGAGGGAGAGGAAUUCAUUGGAGCUAUCAUGAAGAAAAAUUUUUUCGCUACGCAGUUCCAUCCCGAGAAAAGUGGUUUGGCAGGCUUACAUUGCCUGAGUUCUUUCCUGAGCGGAGCAUUUGCAGUACCGAUUGAUGGACUUGCUUCUCGGCUGAACGAAACUGCUGUCGGUGGUUUGACAAAGCGUAUCAUUGCAUGUUUGGAUGUACGCUCCAAUGAUGCCGGCGAUCUGGUUGUGACGAAGGGCGACCAGUAUGAUGUGCGUGAGAAAUCAGCUGCUGGUUCGGAAGUCCGUAAUAUGGGCAAACCUGUAGAGCUUUGUGAGCGCUAUUUUAAGGAAGGCGCUGACGAAGUCACCUUUCUAAAUAUCACUUCUUUCAGAAACUGUCCCCUUCGUGACUCUCCUAUGUUGGCAGUAUUGGAGAAAUCUGCCGAAACGGUGUUCGUUCCAUUGACUGUUGGUGGUGGCAUCCGUGAUAUUACAGAUCCAGAUGGUACUUUCCAUCCUGCGUUAGAAGUUGCAGGUUUGUACUUUCGGUCUGGCGCCGAUAAGGUUUCCAUUGGUAGUGAUUCCGUCUAUGCUGCUGAACAAUACUACCAAAACGGUAAAACUUUAACCGGAAAAACAGCCAUUGAAACUAUCUCUAAAGCCUAUGGUAAUCAAGCAGUAGUGAUAUCCGUUGAUCCUAAACGCCAUUACGUUGACAAUCCUUCUGUAACUUCACAUCAUUGUGUUGAGACUUCCCGAGUCGGUCCUAAAGGCGAAAAGUAUGCUUGGUACCAGUGCACUGUAAAAGGUGGCCGCGAGUAUCGUGACUUGGAUGUUAUACAACUUGUUCAAGCAUGUGAAGUUAUGGGUGCCGGCGAGAUCCUUCUUAACUGUAUGGAUCAAGAUGGUUCAAAUUCUGGUUACGAUAUUGAACUUAUUCGUUCAGUGAAACAGGCGGUCUCCAUUCCAGUAAUUGCCUCUAGCGGUGCCGGUAUUCCCGAACAUUUCGAGCAGGUUUUUAAUGAAACCAAUUGUGAUGCCGCACUGGCUGCGGGCAUCUUCCAUCGUCAAACCUGCAGCAUCGCUGACGUUAAGAAGCAUCUCGAGAAAACUGGUAUCCUUGUUAGAGAAGCGUAAGUUUCGGUGUUUACAUAGUAUGCUACAUUCAUUCAUUACCUUUGUGUGAUCAAAUAGGCAAGUGUAUUUUUGCUUUUAUUAGGAUAUUGCUAGUGUAUCCCUUGUUCUGCAAGUAUUUGCUUCUGGAAACAAGUAGUUCUUAUGCAUUCUUUUUCGUAUCCUUUGGCUUCGUGUCAUUUCUUACCGUAUUAAAUCUAAUAGACUUAAAAAAUAGUCUGUCAUAGUACGCGAUACAUAUGCUAAAUAAAGAUGCUGAAAAGGCUGCUGACGCUAUGUACAAAAGCGUAUUCAACUGAUCAGCUUUCCAUAAAUUCGUUGUAUAUUGAGUCACAGCUCUAAGUAUUAGGGACAAGAGAAACAACGGUGCCCCGGGUGAACAAUCUUUCAGCUUAAAAUUUGGUAAUCUCUUGUACAUGUACCGAAUGGAAAUGAUGAUUCUUAAGCCAAGAUUGAGCAUAUUGGAAUAAAUGAAACCUGCGGGACCUAAAGAAAACCACUGUAGGAAGACCAGACCACUUAAAAAGUAAGCAACGCUGAUAAAUAACAUAUAACGAGUUUGACUUAUUAUCUCUUGAACAGAAGCAGUUGAAACAAAAU